UUAUAACUUAUAAAUCUUGAACACGAAUGUCCCUUCUAAGAAACCUUUUGAACAUUCGAUCAAAAUGUUCCAAAGAAGAAAACCCAUUUUCCAGAAGGUCUCAAAAAUACUAAAAGACUCGAUCUUGAGAAGACCAAUUAUCCCAAGACUCAAGCUUCCCAUAAAACAAAGUAGAUCAGCCAAGAGGGUCAAGCUCCUUCAGCAAUACAACUACAAGUUUCUUCAAGAAUAUCUAUUCUCACCUUCACGCACACCUUAUAUGGGAUACCGUAGGAAGAGAAUUCGUAUAUCUACAUCAGGUCUUAAACACAUUUACAGUUUAUUGUUUCUUUCAUGGUGCAUGGGCCAACGCAAUGAUGAGUGUAGUGUUGAUACACUAUCACAAAGUUGGAUAGAGAUGGAGCCUCUGCAUUGUGCCUGUGGAGUUGCUUCUCCAUCAAGAAAGCUUUCAAAGCCUUUUGAUUAUUUUCAUGAUGAUUCGAUUGACGUGAAGGCUGAGAGAUUCAUCCAAAAGUUCUAUCAUGAGAUGAGGAUGCAAGAGCCAGAAUUUGAUUGACUGAGUGAUAAUUAUUUUUGAUUUUUUCCGACUAUUGUUUUGAAUUAUGUAAUCAUUUUAUUUUUGUAUUUCCUACCUUUCCACUUUGUUUGUAUCUGAAU